AUGGAAGGACUCACAGUCUCGAAUAAUCGCAAUGGCGAAGGCUCAGACUCUUUGGGCGAGAUCAUUCGACCCAAAUCUACUCCACCAGUAAAAUCAGCCAGCCUUAAUUUCCCCCCCAGCGGUAACGACGCCGGCUCUUUAUCGGUUCGCCCAAGGAUACGGUUCUCGAUAGAUUCUGGUGCUCCACAACGGAUCGUCGAUCCCUUAUCUCAUAGUCCAGUAGCCAUUGGUGAAGGUGACCAUUUGUACACUUCCGGCCUACGACGGAUACGACAGCAAGUGGCCCCCCCUCCUGGCGCGCAGACCUUCGUUAUCCCCAAUUCCAUGCACUCAAAGUCAGUGCCUGGAACCCGAGUAAAUUCAAUCUCAUUCCCCACCUCGCCAACGCUGGGGUCAUGCGAGGACCUUGCACGCUUUCCAACAGAGUCGCUACAUUCAUUCUCGUUUGCAAAUCAGUCUGAAGAUCUCAUCCAUAGCAGACAAAACAUCCUUAAGCGAAGUAUUGAAUUCAUGAGGGACAAACUGGGAUGGGGAACGCAAUCCCCCAUGAUAGCGUCCGCCCAAGCCAGGAUCGAUGGUGACGACGAGGUAGCAAGUAUAAUAGAUCUGCUGCAAAAAGCUCAGCUUUUGUCCGAGGAGAACACCCCACUGAUGUCAGGGCCAAUCACGGGGCCUGCUGAGGUAGAUGGGAAUCCCUUUGAGCAGAGUUUUGGACCUACGGCUUCUUCGAAGGAGAAGAGGGGAAUUGGCGCGACUAUAUCUGCAAGCUCUAUCAACGGAAUGGGGGCUAGAUCUGAGGGCACAUCCCGCUCCACAACCAACGAGUCGACAUCAACCUCACACAGCUCCCCACCUCCGACUCGAAGAGCCAGUCUGAAGAGGACCUAUACCGAUACGACGCCUCUAACGGUGCAGACGAAGCUUUACGAGGCACUCGCACAGCCGUACCUAGCCUCCGAUGUCCCAAUGUCUGCGAACGGGAUGGGCCCGCGACCAAUGAUGAGCAAAUCCUCCGUCCACGGUCAUACAAGCCGGUACACUCCUGCGUCACAAGCGAUUUUCACAACCGAAGCGCACCACCCCUGGACAAUCUUGGCCGCCAACGAUUUGGCUUGCCUGGUUUUCGGUGUCACCAAAGCUGAGGUUCGGAAGAUUGGGAUUCUGGAGGUUGUCAGGGAGGAGCGCCGGGAGUGGCUCGCAGCUAAACUUAAUUCUGGAGAGAAUUCCUCAAUGUCGUUCCCCUACCCCCACAGCCAUCACGGGUCACCGAACGUCACCGGAGCGAUGUUACAGAAUGGCACGUUCGCUGGAAACAGGAGAUCCAAGACCGAUGUAUUCUAUACCAGUUCCCCACGGAAAAAUGGCGACUUACCCAAUGGCGGAAACGUAACCCUUCACCAUCCACAAAACAAGUCGAGGGGAGUAAUUCUAUGCGGGGACGUCGUACCGAUCCAAAAGCGGAACGGUAACACCGGAGCCGCCAGUUUGUGGGUGAAGGAGAAGAAGGGAGGACUAAUCUGGGUUUUGGAGGAGAUCAGCGAGGAUGUAGCAUUCUUGUACGUUUCAGAGGAGGAAGGCACAAAAGGAAUGGCCAUGCGCUUCACCGGCAACGUCAAGAACAUCUUUGGAGAGGAGACUUUUCCCGAGACUGGUGUCGACGUUUCUGACAUGAUUCCGAUGAUUCCCAAGAGAGCUGAUGGAUGCGUCGACAUGGAUCAGACUGCCAUGAUUCAUCAGUUUACAGCGAUAAGCAUAGAUGGAAUGGCGAUUCCCUGCGGUGUCGAGCCUUUACCUGACCGAAAAGCCCUUAGAGUCUCGUCGUUCCCCCACAUUGCCGGUAUCAUCGUGCUCUCGGCUUCAACUCUGAGAAUCACGAGCUCUAAUGCUGUGUUUUCUGCUGCGCUUUUUGGGCAGUUGACACCGGUUGGGCUCGACAUCAACGAGUUGAUUCCGCAGUUCGACCGAAUUCUCAGGUUCCUCGUAGAUGAGGACGGUGUUAAUCUCGUAGAUGGUAUGGUCAUCCCUGAGCAUUCCUUCCGAAAAGCAAAGGCUAUGAUUGCUUUGAGGGAUGGCAAGGAGGACGCGAUCGCAGUUUUCUCAAAAUCAAGUGGUCUUCCCGCCAGGCAUCGUGAUGGCGCGGAGUUGAAGGUAGAUGUUCAGAUGAGGGUUGUGAUGUCAGAAUCAAAAGAUAGGGAAGAGGUCAUGAUUGUAGAUGAUGAGGAUGAGCGAAAUGGUACUACAGAGAAGGGCCAGCUUGUGUACGCACUUUGGAUCACGUACUCCCGACACCUACACGCGGCAUCCCUGGACGUAGAUCCAGCCUCUGCAGCUUCUCGACGACCGCUGACACCACCCAAGAGACCUAGCCCAGGUCAGCCGAGCACCCCCACAGUUCCCAACUCACCUGAGGACCCAGGCUCUCCCGCCAGUCUAUUAAGGGAGCUCGACGCCAUUCAACAGUCCCCAACCCCACCAAGCUCCGACGACGAGUGUCCGUCCCCCACCACCCUCAAACACGUACCCUCAACUGCAUCUAUCGGAAUGUCUAAACGAAAGAAGGCUAUCUCAGACUUUGUGAUCCUGGAGGAAAUGGGCCAGGGAGCUUAUGGUCAAGUCAAGCUUGCAAGAUACAAGAGAAACCAUGCAAAGCGCGUCGUCCUCAAAUAUGUCACCAAACGCCGCAUUCUCGUCGAUACAUGGACGCGGGACCGAAGACUUGGAACUGUUCCUUUGGAGAUUCACGUUCUGGACUACCUACGAAGAGACGGACUUAAGCACCCCAAUAUCGUCGAGAUGACCGAUUUCUUUGAGGACGACAUCAACUACUACAUCGAGAUGGUCCCUCACGGCCUUCCUGGAAUGGAUUUGUUCGACUACAUCGAGCUGAAGGUCAACAUGGACGAGGACGAGUGCAGAAGCAUCUUCGUGCAGGUGGCUAGGGCACUUCAUCAUUUGCAUAUCAAAGCGGGUGUUGUGCACAGAGACAUCAAGGAUGAGAACGUGGUUUUGGACGGCGAGGGCAACAUCAAGGUCAUCGAUUUCGGAAGCGCUGCUUACAUUCGGAACGGGCCUUUUGAUGUCUUCGUUGGUACUAUUGACUACGCUGCUCCUGAAGUCCUCGCCGGAAAAUCUUACAAGGGCAAAGAACAAGAUGUUUGGGCGUUGGGUGUUUUACUCUACACCAUCUGCUACAAGGAGAACCCGUUCUACAACAUCGAUGAAAUUAUGGAUCGCGAACUCCGGAUUCCCUUCGUCAUGUCUGAGACCUCGCUCGACUUAAUCCGGUUGAUGCUCGACCGCGACGUUGAGCGAAGACCAACAAUCGAAAAGGUUCUGGCCCAUCCCUGGUUUGCAGAUCUUCCUGGACCGGAGGAAGCGCUCUUGGCCGAAUCACCUGUAUUGGCCAGCUCUAGAAAAGAAGACUAA